UUUCGAUUUGUUUAUCCAUUCCCUAUGCUACCUCUAUAGGUUUUUAAUUCUUCAUUUCGAUCCAUACCCACUUUCCCUUUCUUUUCUCUCUCUCUCUCUCUAGCGAUGUCUCUCUCUAAAAUUUUGGCGGAGGAGUCUCUUCCGGUUGGGUACCGAUUUCGCCUUACUGACGAAGAACUCAUCAAUCACUAUCUGAAGUUGAAGAUCAACAGCGAUGAGAAGCAAGUCAGUGUUAUUCGAGAGAUCGAUGUCUGCAAAUGCAAACCCUGGGAUUUGCUUAUUUUUGCUUUGAUUAUUGAUAUAUACUUGAUUAAAAGCCCUAAUUUUGGGUUUGAUUUGAUCUAUUUUUAUGCAGAUAAAUCGGCGAUAAAGACGAAUGAUGAAGAGUGGUUCUUUUUCUGUCCUAAAGAUCGCAAGUAUCAGAAUGGGCAUCGAUUGAACAGAGCAACUGUGGCUGGGUACUGGAAGGCCACGGGUAAGGAUAGUUCUAUCAGGUCUCUGAGGGCAACCACUGUGAUUGGCAUGAAGAAGACUUUGGUUUUCUAUGCGAGUCGUGCUCUGAAUGGCCAGAGGACUAAUUGGGUAAUUCACGAGUACCGCGCAACUAGAUUCCUGGGUAAUCUAAUGCUUCUACUUCCUGUCAAUUUUUUUUUUGGUAUCUCUCCAUCUUAUUAUCCAGGAUUUACUACAGUCGACGUUUAG